GAGAGCGAGGCUGCGUCCGAAGCCUCAAUAUCUCAUAGUAUAGUAUUACUACCAAGUAUAUAUGUACGAAUGCAACGCCACAUGCUCAGUUCCUCAAUUACCUCCCGAGCUCGACGUCUUGAUGUCAUGCAGCUCUUUCCGGGGUGCGGAGAUGCACUCUGUAGGAUACAUCCUUCAAAAGCAAUCCUCCAUUGAUUCCAUUGAGAUUAGUCUGUACAUCCCGUAUCGACGUACCGGGGGAAGGUCGGCAUACAUCUGCACACCCCGACCUUCAUAGUACCGAUAUUCCCUGACCUCGCCUCG